GAGGGGAUAAAAUACAGGAAAGGUGUUUAGCGUAGCUGAAGGGUCCGCACUGUCACGGCUUUUCGGCUUCGCCUGUUGGGGCGCACGGUUUGUCUCAGCGGAGCCGCCGUAGUCGAGCGGAAAAGGAGGAGCUGGCGGGACACGGGAAAUUUGGAGCUCAUGUGUGAAGUGAACUCGGCUUAAAGAGCGUAAAACAGAUAAACCCGGAGUUUACAAACAGUCAUGGAGUGCAUUAACGCGAAGUACGUGUCUCAGAAGAUCAGUAAGACGCGCUGGAGGCCUGUGCCGGCGGCGUCCCUGCAGCAGCCCCGCUCAUUCGCCACCGGCUCCUGGGACAACGAGGCUAAUCAGGUUUGCGUCUGGACUGUGGGGGAGACUGGAAUGGUUGGUGAAGACGAUGAGCUGGAGGGAGAUCCACAGUUGCUGUGCGAGUGUAAACACGGAGGAGACGUUCUGGACAUGCAGUUUCUGGAUCAAGACAGGCUAGUCACAGCAUCUUCAACAGGAGCAGUGACUAUCUAUAAACUUCAUGCCGACAACCAGACUCUGUCUGUGGCUCACGCGUGGGACGCAGCGCAUCAUUACCAGCGUGCCAGCGCCCCGUGCACAGGAGUCGUGUGCAGUAGUCCAGAUGUGGUGUCAGUGGGUGAAGACGGGCGAGUUAUUCUGUAUAAAGCUGACCAGAGAGGAGUCGUGCGCGUCAUCGAAAAUGCAGACAGCAGCACAAUCCACGCAGUGACUUUUCUUCAGACGACUAAAGUGCUGACAGUAAACUCCAUUGGGCAGUUGAAGCUCUGGGACUUCAGGCAGCAGGGCAGCGAGCCUGCACAGAUCCUCUCACUCACUGGGGACAGAGUGCCCCUUCAUUGCGUGGACAGACACCCGAACCAGCAGCAUAUAGUGGCCACUGGAGGCCAGGAUGGCAUGCUGUGUAUCUGGGACGUGAGGCAGGGCAACAUGCCCUUCUCUCUCAUGGAGGCCCAUUCUGCUGAAAUGUGGGAGGUUCAUUUUCACCCGUCAAACCCUGACCACUUGUUCACUUGUUCGGAAGACGGCUCUCUGCUGCACUGGGAGACCUCCUCUGGGUCAGACACACCCUCAUUCCUGCAGGGGCGCAACACCAGCGUUAUGUCCCGAAGCGCCGCAGCUCCAGCGGGCGGAAACCAGUCCCUUAUCAGUGCCUGGCUCAAUGGAGACUCCAGCAAGGGCAGGCUGGAGACCACUCAUAUGCUGCCCAGCCAGACACUGUCCGUCAACAGUCUGGAUGUGCUUGGACAGUGCUUAGUGUGUGGCACUGACGGAGAGGCGGUUUACAUAAACAGACGUGUCCCUGUGUGAUGCUAAAUGGUUUGGGUAAUUGCAACGAUAUGCUCUUUUGACCAUCAGUUUUCAUUUGUUUGUUACUUUGUUUUUUUUUUUUUUUUUGUUAAUGCACUUAGAAAAAUAAAACAGUGAUCUGUCUAACUGUGUGUGAGUGUAUGCGCUGAUAUGACCUGCAGUUUAGGUUAAACAUCUUGUAUUUUAACACUGUCUGAACAAAACCUCAUAUCUCCAUUUCUGUUGUUUUUUUGUUUUUUUUUAAGUGCCAGCUGCUGUUUAUGCUGUCAAAUUUUAUGAACAGUCCAACAGAAAUGCUCCAGUAUGACUUGGAAUAAAAUCUUGUUAUAUUAACUUUAACAGUGUUAAAAGUUAAGGAUUUUUAGCUUCUCCUGAGAUAUGAGGUUCUGUUCUGACUGACAUGUCUUCAUCGUAAAUAUAAGUUAUGUGAACAUUCAUGUGUCUUCAUGGUUUUAUAUGUGGUGUUGGUGAUGCUAAAAUAGUGCUAAAUCAAGAAAAAUCAAUUACUUUUGGUAUUAUUUUGCCUCCCAACAUCUUGCAUGUAUAACCCCAAUUCCAAUGAAGUUGGGACGUUGUGUAAAACAUAAAUAAAAACAGGAUGCAAUGAUUUGCAAA